CAGAUAUAGAAUUAUAUUAGUAACUAGAUUGGCCAUGCGUACUUGCAGUUACAAAUCAAAGUCUAAUUUCCGUUAGAAUAAACUUAUUCAGUGCAUUGUCGUUUUUCGUAGAAUCGUCUAAAUUUGUACGCACCGGUCUUCUCAGCGUCCGCCAUGAUUUUACAGUGCUGAGUCAAUGAAAACAAAAUGUGGAGACGGACUACCUUGGUGAGGGGACAGGUUUUGCAAUCACUUGUUUAUUGCGAUGCUACUACGAGUUCUGAAAAUGACCAUCAAAACGUUGUUAGUCAAUUUGAGGCCAAGCAAGCAGCUACUCUUUAUUACGCUGUGUGUUUGUGCUGUGAUAGUGCUCCUCAUCAAACUACAGAAGCCGCUAGAGGCCAAUUUCAAUAUCAAAGCUAAGGAGGCUUUGAUCAAGAAGCCCGUAAUGCCUGUGUACACCAUUACUCAACCAUUUGAGACAGAUUUAGAGACAAUUUAUAAACGUGGGUUCUCAGGUUAUAACACAUUCAGAAUACCUGCCUUGGUGCAUCAUCAGGACAUGUUUCUAGCAUUUUGUGAAGCACGGAAGGAGACACAUUGGGACAUAGGUGCAAUGGAUCUCAUCGUUAGACGAGGCAAGAGGAGCGAUUGGGAGGUGGAGUGGGGUGAUAUUAUCCUCAUUGCUACCAAGCCUGGCUACAGGUUAAUGAAUCCGACUGCUAUCGUUGACAGAGAAAUAGAGGCUAUUGUUUUAGUCUUUAUAGCGAUACCAGCCAACCUUGACCAGUGGGACAUGAUCAAAGAAGGCCGUGUCCAACAACAAGUCAUGGUGACUAGGAGUUUUGAUAAUGGUUUGACGUGGACUCCGCCCAGUGAUAUCACAGAUGGUACUCUGAGGAAGAUGUCUUCGCCGCCGGGAAUUUAUGCGUCAGGUCCUGGCCAUGGAAUACAAACUGCCUCAGGGCGACUUAUAGUUCCUGGAAACUACUUUGUAAAAGAUAAAUAUGGCGCUUUACUGAACGGCAGUGAAAAUUUCCACAACAACACAAAUUACGCCAAUGUGUUGUACAGUGACGAUGAUGGUGUAACAUGGAAGGUCGGGGGUCAAAUACCUCAUGGAAAGGACCCCACUGGAUUGGCCAUUCAUAGCAAUGAAGCUAUGAUUGUAGAGCUUCAGGAUGGUGAGUUAGUGCUGAACGCAAGAACCCUCCAUCAGGACCUUCCUAGGGUUCAAGCCGUCAGCAUGGAUGAUGGGUAUACCUUCUCUAAGGGCAAACUAGCAUCUGAACUCAUUGAGCCUGGAUAUAAAAUAGUGGAAAAUGAGACGAUACCAUCAAAAGCAGGAGGGUGUCAGGCCAGCUUGACAGGCUUUCCAGCUCCCCACCGAACGGAGACUCAAAAUACCUGGGUAGCUUUCUCAAAUCCGGCCUCGUCUUCAAUCCGGGAGAAUAUGUCCAUUCGAAUCAGUCGCGACGGAUGCAAGACAUGGAGCAAGCCAUGGACGAUAUACCCUUACCGUGCAGCAUACUCUGACCUGACUUACUUUGAAACAACGGAUCCUGUCACCGGACUAAAGCAACAGAACUUUGCAAUUUUAUUUGAAGGAGGAAAACAUUUCUCUUUUAAAAAGAUCAUGUUUAAAAUGUUCAAUCUGGACGCUGUGUUGACGGGCAUACAAAGAACUUACAGACGAUUACCUCAAACAAAUGAAGCAUCGGAGACAGAUUAUUAUUGAAAAUUUCAUUAUCAAUGUUUUUUAAGACCAUUAUUGUGUAUAAGGUUAUAGAUGAUUUAUGGUUCUUUUUAUCUUUGCACACUUCGAGUGUCGACAAGAAAAGUCGGUAAUUGUGGUGUUAAUUUUCUGUGAAAAUUAACUGGUAGUGUCGUUUGAUGCAAAUUGGGGAUGAAUGCCUUUUUUAUACAAGGGUUCCACUGCUGCUAAUAAUAAUAAUAAUACUGAGUUCUACUUGGACCCCUUGCACGCUCUUCACACGCGUCGACUCUGCCACGCUCACAACGUGGUUAAUUGGUUUACAUGUAACGCCGCCUCGCUUAAAAUGCGCACUUCACUGAAUAGCGCACAGUGACAUUGACCACCAAUAUGGCGCAUCCAAUAUUAUUCUGAUGGUGACGUCAGGUGAAUUGGGUCAAUAACACUUUAUUACACCAGAUGGGUGUCUUAAAGACACUGGACACUAUUGGUAAUUGUCCAAGACCAAGUCUUCUCACUUGGUGUAUCUCAACAUAUAC